AUAUAAAUUUAUGAAAGUCAACUUCAAUUUAUGAGAUUUCUAAAAAAUCUAGUUGUAUUACUAAAAUAACAUGACUAAUAAAAAUUAAAGACUCACCAAAACUUUCAUAUGUAGUCUUCAAAAUCAACCAUUUUCUAUAAUAAGCCUAAAAACUCCUUUCACCACUUCUUAGAGAUCACAACAAUAUCUAUUAAAAAAACCUGUCCAAUUCUAGAUAAAAACAAAAAAUAUGGAAACGAAACAGAUGAAAGAGAUGUUCUUCUUUUCAACUCUGAUGGUGGCAUUGCUUUGUAGUCAUCAAUCCGAAGCUCAACCGCCGGUACCAAGUCCAGAUGAGUGCUUCUCCCCCAUCAAGAAGGUGAAAGGUUGUCUCGAUGCCGUGAAAGCUGUCACUGAAGGAGACUUUAAAGGUUUGGGUAAAGAUUGUUGCCAUGCCAUCAAUGGCCUCGCCGACGAUUGUUUAUCGAUCCUUUCCCCGGGGAAACCCUACAUUGGCCAUUGCAUUACUCGUUAGGGCUGCAUCUGAUAUUAGUUAAUUUAAUUAGUUGACCAAAUCAUUGUCUCCUUGUAUCGCAAGAC